UUCAAUGCUUUUGUUUGACUUUUAGUUUGCGCAAAAAUCUUUAUUCACGUGUACGUGCACAAAGUGCUCAAGAAAAUUCUGAGUUAUUGUAAGCAGUAAUGAAUUGAAUUUUUUCCCGCCUUGAGGUUAACGCCGGUGUUAGAAAUUCUGGAUAUUUAAUCGAUCCGCAGCUGAAUCGAUUUUCCGCCAAAGAAGCGCAUUAUUGUGGAAUUGUGAGCCAAAAGGGCUUAUUGGAAUAGAUCAUUACAAGUGUUCAAAAUGGGAGCGUACCUAUCGCAGCCUAAAACUGAUAAAAUAUCAACUGAUGAGGGAAAUCAGUUGCUUGAAGUUGGUGCCAGUUCAAUGCAGGGCUGGAGAAAUAGCCAAGAGGAUGCUCAUAAUGCUAUCUUAACUUUUGACAAAAAUACUUCAUUAUUUGCGGUCUAUGAUGGACAUGGCGGCGCAGAGGUUUCAACUUACUGUGCAGAUAAGUUACCGCAAUUUCUUAAAGAUAUUCAAACAUAUAAAGAUGGUCAGUUUGAGCAAGCACUCAAGGAUACCUUCUUAGGUUUCGACAAAACUUUGCUCGAGUCAGAUGUAAUAGACAUUUUAAAAGUGCUAGCUGGAGAGAGGAAUUUGGUAGAUUGUCCAGAAAGUGAUGGUAAUGAAGACGACGAUGAUGGAGAAGAUUUAGCAGAAUUGCAUGAAGAGAGCAAUUUGCCGCUAAAUGAAGUACUUGAAAAAUAUAAGGGAGGUCUAAUGCCGUUACCUUCUUUUAAAAAGAUAAAGGAUGGUGCCGCAAGUGGUUCUAAACCACAGUCGCCAUAUCUAAGAGGUAGACGUGCAGCUGCAAUUAUAGCUGAAGCUGUUAAUAAAGCUGUCAUGGAUCCAGACUCCAAACCAUCUGGUUCAUCUACUUCAGCUGCUGCGGCUGCUUCAAUUGCUGCUGAAAAAGCAGCUAAUGAUGCUGGGCCGAGUACAUCGAAAACAGUAAUAACUUCAAAAAUGGAAACUGAUGCAGAAGAAGAUUCAACUGUUAGCAGCAGCAGCUCAAGUGCAACAAAAGCAAACAGUGAAAAUAAAAAUACUACAAAACCAGUUCAAAGUAAAGAAGCCGAAGCUGAGGCUGAACCCAAAGACAUCACUGCAAAUGGUUCGUCUAAUGUGUCACAAACAAUAUCCAAAUCAAAUGCGCCAGAUUCUUCACAAAUAAAGGAAAGUGAACAAAAUGGAAGUGUAACAUCAUCAGUUGUUGUUACAAAAGAGGAUGUAUCUACAUCAGCUGCUGUAUCAGCAAUAAAAACAGCUGUAGAUGAUGAUGUGUCUGGUUCAAAUGAUGCAGCUGAAAGCAAACAAAACGGCUGCAUUGGCAGAGCUUUGUUGCCUAAUAACAAAAACAAAUCCACAGAUCAAUCAACUAUAUCAUCAACUAGUAAAUGCGCUAAGAAAUUGGAUAGUAGCAAUAUGGAUGAAGAUUCUACAGAUGAUGAUGCGGAUUAUGAACUUGAAAAUAAUGGUGUAGUUGAUAUGUGUGAAACUCUAGAAUGCUCAUCGGAGGAAGAAAUAGACGAAGAGGAUAUUGAGGAAGAAGAAGAUGAAGAAGAUGAUAUGGGUGAUGAAGAUGAUGAUAUUGUUGAAGAAGAAUAUGAUGAAAUAGGUAGCAAUUUUUGCGCCAAUAUGAUUGAAGAGCCGGGCAAAGAUAGCGGCUGUACUGCUGUCGUUGCUCUAUUACACGGAAGAGAUUUAUACGUAGCUAAUGCUGGCGAUUCCCGAUGUGUUGUCUGUCGCAAUGGUCAAACAAUUGAAAUGAGUUUGGAUCAUAAACCCGAAGAUAUUGAAGAAUCCACACGCAUACAUAAAGCUGGCGGACGUGUUACCCUUGAUGGGCGCGUUAAUGGAGGAUUGAAUCUCUCACGAGCUAUUGGUGAUCAUGCAUAUAAAAUGAACGAAGCAUUGCCAGCUGAGGAGCAAAUGAUAUCUGCGCUUCCAGAAAUUAAAAAACUUAUAAUAGGAUCUGAAGAUGAAUUUAUGGUUCUAGCAUGCGAUGGCAUUUGGAAUUUUAUGACUAGCGAGGAAGUAGUAGAUUUUGUUCGUACACGUUUAGCCGACGGUACAAAAAGUUUGUCCAAAAUAUGUGAAGAGCUUUUCGAUAAUUGCCUUGCACCAGAUACGCAUGGUGAUGGCACUGGUUGCGAUAAUAUGACAGCUGUCAUUGUUCGUUUUAAAGCUGAAAUACUUGAACUUGAAUCAACAAUUAACCCCGAAGAAACAGAGGAUGCAUUAAUUGCACAGGAUGCGGCUAUUGAUGGUACAGAUAUUGCCGCAUUUAAUCCGCUGAAGCGUUGUGCUUCACCUACCUUUGAAAGUAAUGAAGCCGAAAAUGCCAAUAAACGCGUGAAGACUGAUGGGGAGUGUUCCUCAACUGAAGCAUCUGCCAACAAAAUAACUGCUAGCAGUAGCUGUGGUACUGCGGCAACCACUUCAACAGAUGCCACAAACGAAACAGUGUCGAAGGAAUGUGACAGCGUCAAUACAGACUUAAGUGAAACAGGAGUUCCAGUGUCUUCGGUUGUCAAUAUUUAAAUCCAACUAAAGUUUUUGCCGAUUUAGCAAACUCUUGGUUCAAUUAAUUUUAUUCUAGAACGGGUCUUAAACCGAAGUUUAAGGUAUCAACUUACUCCAGUCACAAUUAGGAAUUUGAUUGGCCGUUGAGGUAAAACUUCAAUUUAUUGGUUUGGUCUGUACAAAGAAGGUACCAGAUUUUAUACACGGGUCUGAAAACAGUUCCAUUUAGAUAAUGGUUUAUUAUAAUUCAAAAAUAUACACCUAUUAAUCUACUAUUUUCCAGAGAUAUUCAAUAUAAAUAUC